AUGUUUCUUCUGUUAGUGUCUGAGACAUGCUGUCUCCGUUUCUCUCUCUAUAACGCGCUUAUUUUCACGCUCACUAUCAUCACCUUGCAAGGUCCCUCUGUCAUAUGCUCCCUAUUCUUUAUUGUCCUUCCCAGUCCCUAUAAUUCUCUUAUCCCUCACAGUCUGUUAUUUGUUCUCUUAUUAUCCCUCAUAGUCUCUAUUAUUUGUUCUCUUUAUUGUCCCUCCCUCCCCUAUUAUUUGUUUUCUUAUCCCUCAAAGUCCCUAUUAUUUGUUCACUUUAAUCUCCCUCCCAGUCCCUAUUAUGUCCCUAUUAUUUUUUAUUUGUCCCUCCUAGUCUCUAUUAUUUGUUCUCUUUAUUGUUCCUCCCUGUCCCUAUUAUUUGUUUUCUUAUCCCUUCUAGUCAAUAUUAUUUGUUCAUUUUCUUUUUUGUCCCUCCUAGUCCCUAUUAUUUGUGCUGUUUUUGUUUCUCCCAGUCCGUAUUAUGUCCCUAUAAUUUGUUCUCUUACUGUCCCUAUAAUUUCUCUUAUCUCACACACUCUAUUUGUUCUCUUAUCCCUACCAGUCUUUAUUAUUUGUUUUCUUUAUUGUCCCUCCUAG